AUGGGUAUCAAUGGCAAUUUGCGCGACCCUACACCAGAGACAGUAACAAAUCUGGCGCAAGACAGGGUGACUUCCAUCUUUGACAACUACGAGACCCUGCAAGCAAUUCUAGAACGGCACGAAGCUUUGAUUCGCCAACGAUGGACAAAGAAGAAACCCGAGCAACGGAAAAAGCAGCUUCUGGAAGCCUGGCCUCGCAUGUCUAAGAAUCACCGCCCUGAUUUUGUCGCAUAUAAAAAGGAACCCGAGUAUGCGAGACAGCACCGUACGAAAUAUAGGCAGGCCUACUUGUGGCCUCAUAUAAACCUUGAAGAUCUUUCCCAAGCUAGUACCGUUCUACGUUUUCUCAACUCCAGGGGUCGCCAUAGCCCUGCCACAUUUUCAGUCAUAGAUCAAGAGAGUGUUCGGACUGGACUUAAGACUAAAGCGAUCCGUUGCAUUUCGGGCCUCAAGAUCAUACAUCUCUAUAUUGAUCUUUUAGGCGAGUCCCGGCAAGAGUACGGUCAGGUGUCGGAGUAUGAACCAUCAGCAAAGAAAACAGCCAAGGGGACGUUCCAAAUGCGCCAGAAGCAUUAAUAGUACUGGAGAUUCAGGAAAGGACGCUCGACUUCCUCGUGAAGCUUUGCAAAGGCAUUUUGCAUGACAAAAUGUCCGAUGGCUCGCUCACUUCGGGGCCUGUGCAGCCAGAGCCACCCACCCUAGUCAUCAAGUCUGGACAAUGGCCAUCCGCUAUCGAUCUGUCUUUGAACCGCCCUUAUCUUGUACCCCGUGGAAUCGACAUUGAACGCAUG